UGCUGAACUUCAACUUACGAUCUGUCUUGGCACGCUUUUUCGCCACACAUCACAAUUUGCAGUCUACAGCUCAGAACUGGACCAUCCUCAAGCACCAGAGCCAACCUUGUGAUGAAAUACUCCUCGCUGACCACUGCUCUCGCCAUUGCGCUGUCCCAGUCAGUCGUCGAUGGAGUUCUAUCCGUCACGUCCGCAGACGCCGCACACACCAAUGGUCCAUUCCUGGAGAAGAUUUGGACUGUACAUGGUGAAUCUGGCGACAUUCUCGACGACUUGAAGGUCCAAGUCGCGGGUAAUGUGUUCGUGGACUAUGACGCGUCGCUCGCUGCUGGUGGCGCUGUGGCAGCCCAGGUGAUCAUGCGCAGUAGCUCACCGGACUUGGUGGGUCUAGUGGACGUCACUGUCCAUGAUGCUGACGGUAACGGGGUCCGUAUUCACUACAAAAACACGAACGCUCGCGUCGUAGGCGACGUAGUGAUGCAGAUCAUUGUGAGCGACCGGAACGCGCUUUCUAGUGUGAGUGCCGCGCACGCAGACAGCGUCGUUGUCGGGGAAGACGUCGUGGUGAGUAAUGAUCCGUCUGCCAGUCUGGAGAUUGAAACGAGCGGGGAGGCUGACAUUUACGUCGGCUCCUUGACACAAGACCAUUUUUCGCUGAAAAGCAUCAACAUCGCUAGCUCCGGCGACGGCCAUGUGCAAUUCCUGGCCUCGUCGAUUCAAGCUGAUACUAUCUCUGUAUCUCUAUCAGGAGAUAGUAAGGCGAUCAUUGCGGCAACGGAUCGUAUUACUGUUAACUCGAUGGUCUCUGCAAUCUCAGGUGACGGCAAGGUCUUCGUGGAGACUGCCAAUCUUCAGUCGCAAAAGCUCUCCGCGCAUCUAUCGGGGGACGGUAAAGUAUCAUACUCCUCUGCUGGGUCAUGUGUGGAUCAGACUAUUCACCUGAGUGGUGACGCCUCUGUCUACGCUGGGUCUAUUAUCUGCAAGAACUCAAUGGUGGCAACGUCUGGAGACGGUAAAGCUAUCGUCCAGACUACGGACACCCUAACGUCUGUCGGUGGCGGCUCUGUAAAGUACGUGAACGCAGCUCCACACCGCAUCGUAUCCAGCUCGAUCUUCAGGAAGCACAGCAAUGUCAAACCGGCCAAGAAAAACAAGUUUAAGACCCGCCGCCCAUCGAUCCCGCCUUCCCGAGCACCGACGGAACUCACCGUCGUUGUCAAAGCAGCUUGGUUCGGCAACUCUCCCCACGUCAGCGUAUACUCGGGUAUUGGAAGCUCAAUUAUCAUCGACGGCACGGGGUUUGCGGUCACCGGCAUUCCGGCGUAUCAUCACAGUGCUGGACUUUUCGGCGUUUUUAUUGUAAUGGCCGGUAUUGCUGUCGUCGCUGCUAUCGCAUUUAAAUUCCGCGAACGCAAGGCGCGUGAACAGUACGCGCCUUUGGCGUGAGGUUUCCAUCCUGAUGGAGGCGUUUGUCUUCUCUACUGUUGUUGCGUCAAUAAUACAUGUACAAGCUUGGCUUUCGCUUCGUAUUCAAAAUGAGCACGGUUAAUUUAUUCCUCGUAGUAUUCAUUGUAUGAGCCUUGCUCAGCAAAAGACAUUGUCGCUCUUGCAAUUACUCGCGCCACUCAAGAGAACCACUUUACGAAGCGCGACAGGUCUGCCUGACGAGUGCAGACGCCCGACACUGCCUUGCUCUCGAGCUGUUAUGCGUAAGAUAGUAUCAUUGAUACUGCUGUUCAUGUACCACUGAGAGUAGAAAUGAAAUCGACAAUAACGCAAUGCCUGACGAGGAUCCGCACUCGGAAUACAACGACCACAUUAUUAUCGUUAGCAGACAACAAGAAUGGUUCGCAGCUGCUCCAUUAGAGUCUCAACUGCCCAAAUCUUUGGUGUCGAAUCGUUCACGUUGAAAAAAAAACUUGAUGUCCUUACUGG